AAGAUUUUUACUUUACCUAGUGGGAGAAGAGAAUGGAGAAGAAGUGUGGAUGUUGUCCUCUUCAAAUGAUAACCAACAAAAUCCAUAUCUUCACUCCCUAAAUAACUGGAUAAUAUAUUCUGCACGGUUAAGCCAGCACUGACAAAUUCUCUCGGAGGGGCCACGAAACACAGCGAAACCAGUACAUAGGCGAGAGUAAACACAAUCACGAUUUCCUCCAUUUUGUAUUUGCCACGUUAGAUUAGAGAAAAAAACUGGUGACUAAAUAAGUGGGCGCAUGUCAUUUAACGUAGUCCGCUGGAUAGAGGGGGUUCGGUUUCAAAAUGGCGGGAGGCGAGGAGGUUUUCGAACUUCGCUAGAAAUUUCAAAUCCGAUGGAGGUUCUUCCAAUCCUAGAGAGUAAUAACUCGCCGAAACCAAACGUGUGGUACGUUCUAUCGCCAGAGGGAGAAGCUCCAUGCAUAAGGGUCGGCCAUACCUGUACGUUUGUGGGUGGUGAGCCGCGGCGUGUUCUGGUGAUAGGUGGAGCAAAUCCUGAUGGAUCGUUCGCUGAUGUUUAUUCCUUGGAUCUAGAUAAGUUUGAGUGGAGUUGUCCAGACUGGACAGGUAUUGCCAGUCGUUAUGAGCACUCAGCUUUCAUUCCUGAGUGCAAUCCGAAGAAAGUUUACAUAUUUGGUGGAGCACAACAAGCUACAAACUUGAAUGACGUUCAAGCUCUUGAUGUAGAAAAAGGCAAAUGGGAAACAGUUGAGACUUGUGGAAGCCCGCCAUCUCCAAGAACCUGCCACAACAUGGUGUCCAUAGGCAGCAAGUUUUUUGUGUUUGGUGGAGGAUUAAGCGGCCCUGAUCCUGUUCCAGACACAACGGUACACGUCUUUAAUGCUGAGGACAGCAGCUGGAGCCAGCCGGAUGUCAGUGGAAGUCUGCCAUGCGCCAGACAUGGUCAUGUAUCGGUAGCAGUUGGAACAGAUAUUUACAUUCAUGGUGGAAUGGCUGGCACUAAUAUAUUUGAUGAUGUCUACAAAUUUAAUACUGUAAGUCACACUUGGAGCAAACUUCAACCAAGAGGAAGUGUCCCUUCAUCACGAACAGCUCAUGCAGCAGCAUGUGUGGGGAAGAAGAUCUUUAUACAUGGUGGAAUGAGUUCCAUAGGCACUGCAUUAGAUGACAUGUUUUCUUUAGAUACGGAAACCUUGAGAUGGACAAGAACACCAAUCGAUGGUCCCAGUCCAGCCCCUCGACUUGACCACACCCUCUGCACUGUGGAAAUUCCCAAGCCAACAGAUGAUAGUGCUUCUGAGAAGACAAAAGCAGAUGAGAGUCUAACAAUUCUAUUGGUAUUUGGUGGAAUGGACACACAAGGAGAAAUUUUUAAUGACUGCUUAGUUCUGAUGCCUGAAAAUAUGAAAUGAAAAGUUAAUAAUAAAUUUAAACUAUUUUACUACAUGCCCAAGGUGCUUGUGGCAGUCUGGUAUAAGUGCUUUGUAUGGCAUGGUAACCACUUGGAAUAGACCAUCCUCUUAGGAUUUUUCCCAGUAGCUUUCUUUUCCUGUUUUCUUUUCUUUUCUUUUCUUUCCCUAUAGUUACUUCCUUUAUCUUGAAAAUAUUAACUUGUGUCAGUGCUUUGAAUGAGACCUGGCACCCCCGGAUCUCAGCUUCAUUGUUUUGGCUCCAGUGGGUGCUCUGUUGUGAUUGUUUACAGUGGAUUUCAGUUUCUUUUGUUUUCUUUAAUUACUUCUUUGAUCUUGAAGAUACUAACUUGUGUUAAUAGUGCUUUGAAUAAGACUUGGCACCCACCUGAGCUCUGGCAGGUAGUCUGUUUUGAAUCACCAGCUAUGUCAAAAGUUGUUUUCAAAAAUAAUUUGCCCUGUAGAGGAAGUUUUUAUGAGCCUCUGUCUGAGGUUGAUCUAGAGGGGAGG